UUUCUUUACGUAGUGUACCCCUCAAACAAUGUCAACAAAAAAUCGUUCCCCUACUGCUCGCCAUUGUUGUUAGUCAUCGUCUGCCAUUAUCUGAUUCUCGCCGUCGUAUCUGCUACUCCACGCCGUUGUUUCGCGAUAUCAAUUUCUUGUUGUUGGCUUGCUUCCUUUUGGAAGUUGGGUAACUAACAAAAUAUGGAGUUCGAAUGGACUUGUAGAUUUGCAGGUCAUCCUAAGCCAUACUACUUCCCGAACUCUAAAUUUUUCUCAAUUUAGGUCCAUAAAGUGCACAUCGGUUCUGUUGUUGGUAAUGAAAAUGAGAUUCUUGGUUAUAUUGAUUGUUGUACUGAGGAUGAAAUUUCCAGAAUUGAAAAUGGGUAAAGAUUUAGGACUUUCAAAAAUAGAUGUAUACAAAAUUUUUUGGAAACCACUUGACAGUGAUAGGGAUAUGGUAGAAAUUAAAACUGAUGCUGAAGUUUUAGCAAUGUCUCGUACUGCUCUUAGUCAAUAUGAAAGGACUGUGAAUGUGCAUUUUGUUAGGGAGUUGGUUGUGGAUGACACUGCAUAUCUGAAUGGAGCAGUAAAUAAAACCCAUCGUAAUAGCAUACGAAAACAGGAUAUUGCUAACAUCGAAGUCGAGAUAGUGAAAACAAAAGAAGUGGGCGAUGAUAAUGAAAGUGAGUUAUAUGACUCGGAUUACAGUUUCAUUGGGAAUGAGGAAAUAGAUAUUGAUGAUGCAAAUUUUCACAAGAAUUUAGGGUGUGACAAUCUUAUUGAAGAGAUAGAAGGAAAUGCGUCUGAUUAUGAUGAUAAUGAGGAUUUAAGAUCUUGUUGUGAGUCAGAUGAAAAUGAGGCAGAUUUUGAGGAACCUAAAUGACCUGAAUUCCAUGAAGAAGAAGACAUGAGGAAUCCUAGCUUUCAAGUUGGGAUGCAAUUUGGCAACUUCAACCAGUUCAAAGACAUGGUCAGGAAUUAUGGAAUCAAAAACAGAUAUGUAAUGAAGUUAAGACCCAAUACAAGAGGGAGGUGCAAGGCUUACUGCAAAAAGGACUGUCCAUUUUAUAUAUGGGCAUCAUUGAUGAAUAAAGACAAGUCCACGGUCCAAAUUAAAUCUGGUAUAUUUGAGCACAGUUGCACAAAAGAUCACAACAUCAGACAUCUCAGUCCAAAAUGGAUUGCUGAGACUUAUAUGGAGCAGUUUAGGGCAGAUCCAUCCUGGAAAUUAGCUGGGAUUAUCCAAGCUGUAAAGACCAAUCAAGAGGCUAAAAUAAACACUGUGAGGGCAUUAAGAGCUAAACAAAUAGCCUUGUUGAAAAUUAAUGGCGAUGAGAAGGAGCAAUAUGGUAGGCUAUAUGAUUACAAACUUGAGUUAAUCAGAACUCAUCCGGGCUCGACAAUCAUGUUCAAAUUAAACAACAUAGUAUUUUGUGGUAUGUACAUAUGCCUUGGACCAUUGAAAGCUGGAUUCAAGGACGGAUGCAGACCUGUGAUAUCUAUUGACAGAUGUUGGUUAAAAGGAAUUUAUGGAGGCCAAUUGUUAUCAGCUGUAGGAAUAGAUGCAAAUGACUGCAUCUAUCCAAUAGCAUGGGAUGUGGUCGAUAAGGAGAAUAAGGAAAACUGGAGUUGGUUUCUUGAACUUUUAGCUGAUGACCUGGAUAUUGGGAAUAGUUAUGGUUGGGCAUUUAUGAGUGACCGGAAAAAGGGUUUAAUACCUGCCCUUGAGUCUCUUUUUCCUCACGCUGAGCAUAGAUAUUGUGUGAGACACAUACACUCAAACUUUAAACAAACAUUUAAGAGUAAGGAACUUAAGGAUGCUUUGUGGAAGGCAGCAAGAGCUAGUCAUAAAGUAGGUUUUCAGGCAGCAUUGAAAAAUAUCAAAGAAUUAUAUCCUGGUGCAUAUGCUUAUCUACAUGGUAUCAAACCUGAACAUUGGACCAGGUCACAUUUUAGAGAUUUGUAUAAGUGUGACAUGCUUUUGAAUAAUUUGUGUGAAAGUUUCAACAAUGUAAUUCUCGAAGCUAGGACAAAAGGAAUCAUUACCAUGAAUGAAAUGAUUAGAUGCCAAUUAAUGAAAAGGAUUCAAAAGAAAAGAGAUUCAAUGUUGAAGUCUAAUUUGGUUUACUGUCCUAAAAUCAUGAAAAAAGUUGAGAAGUCGAGACAAAUAAGCUGGUCUUAUUCGAUUGAUUGGCCUGGGGGAGAUAAGUAUCAGGUAUAUGGAUAUGAUGGACAAUAUGAAGUGGAUACAAAAGAAAGAACUUGUGCUUGUAGAAGAUGGGAAUUGAUGGGAUUGCCUUGUUUUCAUGUCGUAGCAGCCAUUAAGCAUAAUAAUGGUAAUCAUGAAAAUUACAUUAGUGGCUGCUAUCGAGUGUCGACUUAUAUCAAAAUUUAUAGUCAUAUCCUAAACCCCAUUAAUGGCAAGGAAUUAUGGCCUAAAAGUGAUCAAUCUCAAAUAAUUUCACCCAAGCCUGUCAACAAUAGGAGGGGCAGGAAAACAAUGAUGCGAAGGAAAGAAGCAGAUGAGGUUGUCAAUGGAAGUCAAAAGGGUCUCAAACAAGGUAUAAUAACUGAUGGAAGAAUAACUAGGAAGGGAAUGAAAGUCACAUGUUCUGAAUGUGGUCUAGUAGGCCAUAACAAAAGAUCGUGUAAAAAGCAGAAUACUCAAGCAACACAAGCGACUGCAUUGACUCUGAUUAUGACUACUUCACCAGAUACAACAUCUCCACCAAUUAUUAAAACAACACAAAUGGAGUCAAACCAGUCCAAAACUACAUCACCUCCGGCUAUGGCUGAGGCUUCACAAGCAGGUUUAGCUCGGGCUAUUGCCUUGACGAUACCAUGCGAAGGAACUGCCGCAACUCCGAUUAUUCCUUCACCAGCAACUCUAGAAGCAACUACUGCACAAGAAGAUGAGCCACUUCAAAUGCAAACAAAAAGCUUGGAAGAACUACACCAUUUAACCAUAGCUUCAUUCGGCAGCGACAAUCUUUUUCCGGGUGCAUCUUUAUCUACAUCUCAGUUGACUAAGUCUAAGUCUAAAGCAUCACCAACAUUAAAAACAACUCAAAUUUCAGUAAAGGCUUGUGUCUUAGGAAGAAAAGCUUUGACCAGAGACUUCACAACUCCUCUACACCAAGCAGCAACAAAGCCUCCUCCAGCAAAGAAGAAGAAGUUUUGGGUUCCACCUGGAUUAGGGGAUAGUAGUAGUAGUAGAAAACUUUAAGCAUUAUUUCAACUUUUUGGUAUGUGUGGUUAUGAGAGUAGCUAAACAAUACUAAACUCUCCACAUUGAUGAUGCAUUCAAGCCUGCACAUGGUCCUUGGAUUCCAUAUAUCUUUUUGUCUUAUUUAGGAA